CAUGCUGGAGGCUGCUGAUUGGCUGGUGGUGGCCGACACUCUGAGUAUCUCUGACAGUUCUGUGGGGAAACGUUACCGAGCGCUGCAGGUUCUCUCUCACCCGAGAUUCAACAAGUACAGCAACGACUACGACGUGGGGCUGCUGAGGACCGUCACCGACAUGGAGCUGACAGGUGGGGUGCGGCCCGUCUGUUUACCCCGUCCCACCGAGUUAUUUCCUCCUGGUGCGGCCUGUUGGAUCACAGGCUGGGGAUACCUGCAGGAAGGAGGCUUUGUGACGGAUGAGCUCCAGCAGGCUCAGGUCCAGGUGAUAGCUCAACCCAUCUGCUCCCAGCCGGCCGUCUACGGCCCAUUCUUAACUCCUCGAAUGAUUUGUGCCGGCACCAUGGAGGGAGGAGUGGACUCCUGCCAGGGCGACAGUGGCGGACCCCUGGUGUGUGAGACGGACGGGGGGGAGUGGAGGCUGGCGGGGGUGGUGAGCUGGGGGGAGGGCUGUGGACGGCGCAAUAAACCAGGCGUCUACAGCAGAGUCACCCAACUCAUCCACUGGGUCAACAGAUAUGACAAACCAGAGGAAGUGGAGGAGACCUCGACAGCCACGACCGACGCCUCUCCAGAUCCUCACACCUAA